UUAGACCAGUACUCAGAGGCUGUUUCUCAUCUACGUCCUCUUCAAGCAAGCAACAAGCAGACGCUAGUUCGAAUCGCCAGCAAAGGGUUCUUCAUUUAGCCUAUCUCUUCAGUUCAACCGGCAAUGGCGCUAUCUAUUCUGUCAGCAAUCCUUCUGCUCGUCGUAGCGGCAAGUCAAGUAACCCCGUCGGAAGCCUACUGGAACUGCCAUGCGUGCAUGCAAUCGGUCACGGUCAACAUUCAACUGACCAGCAGCCGCUUCGCCGGCACGGACAACGAAGCGCGUGGCCCGCACUUCCUCGAGCUGGAGUUCUACUGCGAUCACGAGCACGUCGACCUGGAUUCGCUUCCCGUACUGGACCACAUCAUUCAUGAGCAUAUCGACCUGUUCGAGAACUCGACUGUACCGGAACUGCCUGCGCCGAAAACCGGCAGCACGAUCAAGGCACUGGCGUUCCAGACUGCCGUCAUGCGUGUUCCUCUGCGUGGAAUCUUUCUCAAGUCGCACUCGCGCACAUUCACCGUGCCCAUCUCGCCCGAAGUCGGGAAUGUGUGCGGACCGUGCGUGGCUCCCAUCAAUCUUCGCAACGCAAGCCUGAACGCAGCCCACAGCGACGGCAUCCAAGUGCGCUCUGUCAGGGUGCUCGGCAACUACGAGGAUGGCUGCUCUGGCCUUGUUUUGCUGAACCGAGGCUUCGGAAGUAAGCUGUCAUUUGGCUGGCUGGACACCACGCCAUUCCCGUUUCCUCAUCCCCAGCAGUCGCUGCCCCUACGCAAGGCUGGAUGCUGAGUUGUAGAUCUACCAUUUUGCAAUGAGGUUGGUUCUUACUCUUAUUUCUAAAAUUCAUUCCUCACACACAUUUUGCUACCUUCAAAUUUGUUCAGUAUAUUGCAGUAUUUCGAAACAUACACUGCCCUAUUCACGGCUAUUCUUGAUGAUGAAAAUAUAAAAAUGUUGGAUUCGAA